GCUGCUGGCUGUGGCUGGUCCGUGUCAACUCAUCCAACUUUAUUUGUUUACAUCACUAGCUGGACUGCCGAACAGCGCGCUUCCUGAGAGCGUCCCAGCCGCUCUGCUUCCCCAGCUGUUAUGCUGGGUGGGUAUGGGGCCGUGAGAAAGAGAAAGAGCUAGAGACGUUUCUGUUCCGCCCCCACAAACCCAACAGACACUCCUAACAGGAGGCAGACGAGCCGGCUUUCUGACACCAUUUACUGCAGAGAGGCUGAGCUGUGCAGCCAAAGACGGACAAUAAAUUACAUGCAAAGGCCAGCUGGAGUCACUUUGGUGAGCUUGGGACCUGCAGGAGCCAUCAUCUUCACCAUUGUUUCUAAACACCGGACUUGCAGAAAGCCUUUUCACACCCAUUAAAAAUUUAGAUUUUGUAGAAAAAUCAUUCAUUCCACAAGUUGUCGGGGUUGACCAUGGUUCUCUGUGAGGAUGGCGACUGUAGCGUCUGCCUGUUGCCCUACUCCCGGGUGGAGAGGAUCCCCCGGGUGCUCCACUGCAGGCACACCUUCUGCGAUUCGUGUCUGGAGAGGAUGUCAACGGAGAGGAACGGUCUGCUCACCGUGGGCUGCCCUUUGUGUCGCCGGGUGACCUGCAUAGGCCGAGGUCGAGGUCUUCGAGAAGCUCUGUGGGUCAACAGCAAGCUGUGGGACCAGAUACCGGAGGAUGUGGACGUAAGAGAAGAAGAGGAAGAGGAGGACGGAGAGAAGCAAACAGCUGCACAGGAGAGGAUAGAAGAUAAACAGUUACAAGGAGAAUGCAUUUCCUCGAGAUCUGCCAGAGCGAAGCUCAAACUGCCCACAUUCUUCAGGAGGUUCAGCCUGACGAAGCAACACCAAGAGAGAAUCGUGUCUGGCAGCAAUGUGGAAAUGAAAUCCUGGCGCAGACUUUCAACAGAAGAGACUUUUUAAAAAUACGAAAACUGACAAGUGGCCGCUCUCAGGAAGAGAAGACACAACUUUGAAGGGAAGCUGUGGUCGCUGGGGGAGGAGGAUUCAUUUGUGAUCCUGUCAGGACACGGUUUUGUCCUCAGCCAAAGGUGCUCCGUCUCCCCAUUAUUUAUUCUAGGAUUAAUUCUCCCAGCCGUUGCUGUGGGAUUUAGUUCAGCUGUCCCAGAGCGGCUAACACCCGUAGACCUAGACCCCCUCAGAACAGAUGGUCCCCUCUCCAUUUCAGCUCCUGAAUAGCCAUCAUAACUUAUUGUUUUCUGUAUUUAUGAUAGCUAGGACAUGAAGUAUUUAAUAAAACUAUUUUUGAAACAAGUUUCCAUUGGGUUUUAUUGACAUCUGAAAGAAUCAUGAGCUUUCCUCCUUUACCGCAUGCACCAUUUAUGACACAUGAAGUAUUUAAGUGAGUGAAAAAAGUGAAGCCAGGAGGGGAUUUCUGAAUAUAAUUUCUGUGGAGAAGACGCACAACAAAAACCUGCCACAAAAGACUCAUUCAACCACGAAAGUGGAUUAUAAAACUCCAUUCACCGAGCAUCUGGCACAUAUUCCACGUUCAAUGAUAUCUGCAAACUGGAUCAUCACUUUCUUUUUGUUCCACCUUAUGUGCACGUUAAACCCGCCCGACAUAUUUUAAAGAAGAUACGUUAAGAGGACUAUGAUGUGCUUGUUGUCUCAGUCACAUUAAGGUCAGUGCUGUUUGGAUGGAGCUGAAAAUCUGUUAGUUGUCACACUGGUUUGGACUCAACUGUUAGCCUGCACACUCUUAGUCAUGUAUUGGCAGGCGGUAUGUUAUUCUGCCUUUAUAUACCAUAUUCCCACGUUUAAGUGUUAAAUGACUGCCAAACAGGAAGCUGCUUCCAAGUUCAAAACAAGCUGGCAGCCACGGGGGAGGGCUGGACGGGAAUGUAUCACGAAGGCAGCAACAAACAAACAUGCACACGCAUGACUGUGUAUGGGAAAGAACCAGUUUCAGUUUUGCAAUGUAUUUACUGGCUCUCAGUGCAGGCCUGAUGGUGGUAAUCCCCAAGAUUAAAGCUGAACAGAACAGGAAACGACUCCCAGAUUGUCUCAGCAGUGGUGGGAUAAUGUAGAUAACUGACUUCAGUCGGAUUUGGAAUGCUAAAAUAUAAAAUUACACUUUUCCUGGAGGAUAAUUUAGGCCUAGCAUCAGAAUUAAAUACUGUGGUAAAUUACACCAACCUAAAAACUGAAGGCCCGCAUAAGCACCUGCAGGUUUCUUUGGUCAGACUGAUUAAUGAGGCAGUUAUUUACCCCGGAGCCGCAAAAAUAUUUUCAGCUCCAGCGGGGAAACUUUGCAACAACGUCAUGGUGUAAGAUCAUUUCCUCAGUACUGCAUUGCAAACAAUAGUACAUUCCUGUUUGAGUAUCUGAAUUCACACAAACACUCGCAGUACAGAAUAAUACGUCUGGGAUUAAUUAAACAAAUUAAAGAUCAACUUUCAUUCUUGUGAUUGAAACACUACAUUAUUACCUGCACAGGUGGCCUAGAAAGAGUCACCAUUUAGUUUCUGUUUUACAGCUGGAAACAGUAAUGAAAUCAGCAAACCGUCAUGAGUAGAAACUGGAGAUAAUCGUUAUUGAGUCAAAGUAGAAACCAUGCAUGCCACGACACGUGUGAUAACUCGACACAAUAAUUCUUUAUUGUGACCUACACAAUGAGAGAGUGCACAUAACAGCAAGCUUAAAGUCAUGACAGUACAGCAGUUUUAGCAUUAUCCAAUCAUCUCAGGGUUUUUAUUGCGUCCCAUAUUUUUUUGUGUUGUGGUUUUCAAAAGGUUAAAAUUUAAGACAGACACCUUUUGAAAGUCUGGCUUUUAUCCAGUGUGUAUAAAGGAAACCUUUGAUAUUUUCUGUUAGUAAUACAAAAAGAAAUUUUUAAUUUACUGUAUCAUUGCUUUUUUAGGCUGCCAACAAAGACUUAAACUAAGAUUUAUUUAUUUAUUUUUAGGUAGGUGGGAAUGGAUCUGGGUUGGAAAUGCUCUGACCGUUUACAGAUUGUUUUACAGCAGCUCUACGUCCUUGUUUCAAGAACGAUGACGGCCAUGUCCAUCUUUUAUAUAGUCUUUGGUUUUUCUCUGGCUAAGUACGAAUGGCCAAAACUGUCAAAUUAAAAUUAUAUUAAGAAAUACAUAAAUGACCUAUUAAAAAUAUAAAAUUAAAAUAACU